AUGGAGGUGGAAAAAAUAAACGUUAUAAGUUUGGCUCCUUGUGUUUCUGAUGUAAACUCCUGUGGAUGUUGCAAGCAAGUUAAUGUAAAAUUAACAAGUUUCUUAAAAUGCUCAUUUGGCUAUAUUAUCGAACGAUUUCUGGAUAUAAAGAUAAGCAAAAGUGACUUUUAUAUUUGCUGUGUCUGCCACUCAAUGUUGGUGAAAAUACAUAAAUUUAUGAGGCAGAUUAAAUAUAAUAACGGAUUAUUUGAGAAAUGUAUCUUAGAUGAAAAGCCAUGGUACAAUCUAAAAACUACAGAUCCAGUAAUUAUUGACACAUUUAUGCCUCUAAAUGCUACUAGUCUCAUGAAGACUGAUCACCAAAAAGGACCAGCAGUAUCUACUCGUACAAAACAAAGUCCACCCAAGCACAUUAAAUCAGAAGAUGCACAGAUAAAAGAAGAAGAUAGUGAUAGUACAGAUUAUAAAGACAUUGAGUACAUUGAAGAUUCCAUUGACUGUGAUUCAAAUAUAGAAUUUUCAAACCUGGAACGGACCGUAACUGCAAGUGUGACCACACAUAAGCUGAAAAAGAGAACUCCUAAGGCGUUGGGUAUGAGUUAUGAAGGGAAGAUACAAAUAAUUAAAAUAUCAUUGGAUGAUGUUUGGAAAGAGAGAGAGUUAAAUCGUAGUAAUGAAAAAUAUUUAAGACUGCCGCACAAAUGUGAGGAUUGUAUUGUAGCUUUUCAAAAUGAACCAGGGUUGAUAGAUCAUAUGCUUCAGAAACAUAAGGUGCGUGUAGAAAAUGGUGUCAAAUGUAACAUAUGUAACUCCAUAUUUCCUUCUCAAAUGUCAUAUGAUAUUCACUACAAAAGACACUUUAAAAGAUACGAAUGCAUAGCCUGUGGUAAAAGAUCCCGAACGCCAUCUGUUUAUCCUCUUUUGAAGCAUUACCAAGAACAGCAUGAAGCCAUAUCCUACACGUAUAAAUGCAAAUGCUGCGAUUUCACCACAAAUAAAUACAACGAACAUCGCCAGCACAAGAGGUCGCAUUUAUCACCAGUCACAUGUUCCUAUUGCAAUAAGACUUUAAGCUGUACCACAUCGCUGAAUACUCAUGUCAGAGCGGUGCACGAGAAUAAAUUGCAAGGCGAGUUUCCCUGCGACGUAUGCGGUAAAGUGUACGUACGACUUCGGAGUCUACGCGCCCACGAGAAAAUCCACAACGCUUCUGGAAACUUCUAUUGCGAGGACUGUCAGUCGACCUUCAAGACUGAGAGGAAUCUUCGACAGCACCUCAAGAUGCACUCAAGGCACGUCACCGAUGUCAUGAUGCGGUAUAGCUGCGAGGAGUGCGGUAAAAAAUUCCUAAGGAAGCGUAUUCUAGAAGAGCAUUUUAAUUUCACCCAUUUGAAGAAGUCGAAUCACACUUGCGACCAAUGCUCUAAGAUAUUCAAAAGCAGUCGCAAUUUGAUUCGACACGUCAGACAGGUUCACGAGAAGUUUCGACUGCCGAAGAAUAAAAUAUGCGAUCACUGUGGUCGCGGUUUUGCGACCACUAAUACUUUAAAUGCUCACAUACGGACACACACAGGGGAAAGGCCGUACCAGUGUCCGGAUUGUAGUUCAACGUUCCGUCAUCCGGCGGCACUUUAUACACACAAGAAGUUAUUACAUAAUCCUAAUAGGAAGAGACCUUAA